UGAUAUGUGCGGUUGAUUUGAUCGCCUCUCAGUGUUAAUAUUUUAGAUUCUGAUUAAACAAUGCUAAGAUGAAGAUAUCUACCCCGAGAUAUACAGUUUGCCUUUUCUUUCAAUUAACGUUUUUACUCUGUGACUUAAUUUUUAACUGCGCCAGCCUUUUCCCUAGAAGUCGCGAUGGCCUCCUCGUAUUAUUUAUUUUCCAGGACCUGUUCCUCGUGCUGUCCAUCACCUUGCUGCUGAUGACAUUCUUUUCCACCUAUUUAUUUCAGGCGGGUCUAGUGGAAGUGCUGGCGCGUCGUUUCCGCGCCGCCGGGUGCGCGUGCGCGAUAUACGCGGGUGCGUGCGCCGCGCUGCACGCGGCGUGUCUGCUGCACGCCUCCUCCGCGCCCGGCCCGAGCUCCUCACCAACACUGAUGCUGCUGUUCACGCUGCAGCGGUGUCUGUCUCCAUGGUACUACUUCCUGUACAAGCGCGCAGCGCUGCGCGUGAGCGACCCGCGGCUGUACGAGGACGUGGACUGGCUGCCGCGCCCGCGCCCGCCGGCGCGCGACCCGCCCUAAACUAACACCUACUAAUGACCGUUGUAGGCUAAUCCUUCUUGAACAGUUUAAAGAGUAUUGUUGUGUGUGUUAGGGUUUCCCCAAACCUAGCCGACCAAAUAUCGUUCGUUAGUAUGAAAACGCUAACGCGUCGUCGCUAAACAUAGCCGUACUCAUGUUCAUACUAGCGAGCGAUUUUUUGGCGAAAGCCGAUUCAGUGUCGAUAUGUUUGUGGAGACCCUUAUAUCGGCACAAUUACAUGCUUUCUGCAUUUACUUGGUCUACUUACUCUGUAUAUUCUUUGAAAUAGUUUAAACAUGUUAAAGGCAAUGUUUAAGCUGUGUCAUUAUUUUGUUUUUAUUUGCAAGUCUUAGCACAAUAUUUAGAAGCAGAAUUUAUAACUGCUCUAAGAUAUUAUAUGCACAAAUGUUGUGAAUAAUGUUUGUUCUUAUUUUAAUACUUAGACAGCGUAAUUUAGAAAAAAAUUUUGAUAAUGAUAAUACUUAUGAUAUGCAAAAUAUGAUUUGCAUCAAAAAUUUUACAUUGAAAAUAACUGACUUCACUUAUCCAUGUCAUUCAGAAAUAAUACGCCAGAAAGAAAGGUGCGCCCUUCUUAAAUAAUUAUAGUCAAGGAAUUGAUAUCAUAUCUGUAACUAUAACGUAAUGUAUAAAAUUGUAGUUAGGCUGUUAACUGUUUUCUACGCAGAUUCUAUUUGAUGUGGACGAAUUUCAUAUGGUGUUAAUAAAGCAAGGCAUUCAUCUA